AUGUCUGAGUUUGGUGAGUCUGGUUGGCUAGAUUUGCUAGUCAACGAAGACGAAGCCACAGACAGUCUGGCGCCUGAAGUGCCAUUGGGCGCAGAGAGUUCCAUUCCAGGGCCGCAGCCAGAGCAUAGAGGCCGAGGCCGUCCACCAGGGCUGCGCGGCAGCCACACCUACAGGGCUGCUUUGAGGGCUCAGGAGGCUGCGGAGCAACAGCUGCAGUCGCAACGAAGUCACAGCGUUGAAGAUGCCCGUUUGGCACUGCAGAAAAAGAGAGAGUCCACAGCCAAGUCUUCCAGUGCUGCACAAGCGUUGAUUGAUGAGAUUCAGGUUGUUACAAGUGGUUCUGUUUUACAGCAAGGCCUCAAUCAGGUGGUGAUGACGAAGUCGUUGUCAAAACAGCUCGAAGAAACUCCUGAAGAAACAGCUCGCACAUUGAUGCACGAAGUGGGUCGCUCAGUGACAUCGCUCAAAGCCGAAAGCGACAGUUUGGGCGAGUCCACAUUUAUGCUGUGCAAGCGCUAUGCCCAAUGCGCUUCUGGAAUCAUUAAUUUCUCUGGCUUGCUAUGGGAGCAGUUGCUUGUCAUGGUGGCCCAACUUUGCAACAGUGAAUGUGGCCAGUACAAGCCGCUGCUUUUGGUAGUGAAGCGCAGAUAUGACGAGACUCCGUCGAGAAUUCGAGUGCCAGCAGCAGCAGGAGAAACAACCACACAGAGUCGCGGUAGUGACGGUAGUGGUAGUGCUUCGAAGGAGAAGAAUGCUUUAGCGAAGGUUCUGCAAUCGGAGCUCCAGGUGAGUGUUUUGCUGCAACAAAAACCAAAUGAUGAAUCUGCCGAAAGUGGACCGUGCUUUCUCAUCACGGGACAAUCGCCGACGUGGUUGCAGGCAAUCGAACGGAAUACGGCGGAAUGCCUCCGACAGUGUCAGAAGGCUUUGCUGGCGGUGAUCCCAAAACUGAAUGCAGUCUCUGCUACAUUUGCCCUGCCAGUGUCCAUGGUGAACACUGACCGUUUCAGUGCAAAUUAUCGCUGUGAAAGGGCAAUCCAGUUGGACCAUCCCCAUUUUGUGAAGUGUCAUUAUGGGUGCGAUCACCAUGCUUGUGCAACAGUUCUUGGAAAGGGCUAUGCACUGGACAUCCCCAAGCUUCAAAUUUCUUCAAUGAUAGCAAGUGCCAUGUGCAUGCUGGAUGCCAAUUCGCUCCGGUCUCUGCAGGAGUGCUUAAUGGUUUGCAUCGAUGAGAGGCUCCGGAUCCGUGCUGGCCCCCCGCCAGACGGGCGUUGCAAGGACCACCAGGCGGCAGUGUAUGAUUGCUUCUUGGGGCCUGUGCCUGAGGGACAAAGACAUAGACGUGCUCCGGCCCGCAAGAAGAGCCGCCGCCGGUGCCUUCUCACAUAUUUCUUCAAUGGAGAUCUAGAGUCAGACACCAUCGAUUUUUGGACGACCGAGCUCUUUCCCAAUCGCGAAGCUAUCCUGCAGUGUUUCUUCAAGUAUGUUGUGCCGAGUCUUUUGCCAAGCAAGGCGCCGAUUUUUCCAAGAGGCCGAUGGACCCACUCGGAACUUGCCACUGAGUAUUUCGGCUUGCUGGAUUCGCAUAAUCAGCUUUUGGGGCCUUUGGCCAUAAUGUGGCUGCAGAGGCAUGGUCACAAGGUCAGCGUCCUUGAAGACAGAGCGGCCCCGGAAGCUGCAGAAGGAUGGGCAGCUUUGCUGGUAGACAAUGGUCCAGCUCCCGGAGCACCUGCGCAGGCGAUCGGAGCUGCAGAAGGUGAGGAUGAGCAACAUGCUGAUGGCCAUGCACAUCAACAGGAUCACCAGAAUGCCAUACCCGAAGAAGACCAGAACGCCAAGUGGCAUGAGGAGAGGCGGCAGUGGCGAUCAAAGUUUGCUGCUUGGGCUCAAAGCUCGCCGGGGCCGUAUCUCUUGCUCAUGAGAAUUGCCAUUGGUCCCACUGUCUAUUUGACUUAUGCCUUGCUUGAGCUUGUUGGUGACGCAUGGGAGAAGGUGCAGGCUGAAAAAGCGAUUCGUGGGAGUGAAAGGUCUUUUCCUGUGCUGGAAGCCUCUCGAGGUGUCCUGAUGGAUGUAUUCUGGGCCAAGAUGCAUGAGGCUUUUCACAAGGAGCAAGUCGGCUUGCCACUGCGUGCAUGGACUCGCCAUCACCA